AUGAACCAGUGUGAGAUGUGUAAGUCAGGUGUGGAGCCCGGGGCGCACCUCCAUCAGCAGAACAGGAACAAGUCGCGCUUUCUUCCUCAAACUUGCCGGACGCGGAGGGAGCUGACCCCCCGAGAGGAGGAGGCCGGGAGCCCCGGGGAGGAGACGGUGGAGGACCUGCUGGGCCUGGUCUGCAGCCCCCAGUCGCCCUGGGCCCUGCUUGAGGGCUCCAGCGCCGAGGACCGUUUCCUGAGGGAGCUGGCCAUCCGGAACCCCCUGAUGCUCAAAGACGCCUUCCUCUACUCCUACUUCAGGUCCCUCCGGGUGGUAGACAAAGAGGUGACCCUAGUGGAUAAAGACCUCCUGAAAUUUCCGAAGCUGGAAGAGCUGGUCCUGAGUGCUAAUGAAAUCAAGGAGAUCGACACCGCCAAUCUGCCCCCAACUCUCAAGGUGCUGGAGCUCUACGGCAACACCAUCACCAGCAUGGAGUGUCUGUGCGCUCGCCCGCCACCGGGCCUCCAGCACUUGGGGCUGGGUCACAACAAGCUCCUGGGCCCCCUGCAAAGCGUGUACAUCACCUCCCAACACUGGCCCAACCUCGUGUCCCUGGACCUGGGUUUCAACGACCUGACGGACCUGCAGGGCAUGGUGGCCAGCCUCAGCACGCUGAAGCACCUGAGGCUCCUGGUGCUGCAGGGCAACCCGCUGGCCCUGGUGCCCUAUUACCGCGGCUUCACCAUCGACAGCCUGGCCCAGCUCUGCGUGCUGGACGACAUCACCGUGUCUUCCAGCGAGAAGUACCAGUUCCGGGGCCUCCACCACAGCGGGGACUUCCUGCCCCAUGAGGCACAGUUCGUCGUGACGAUCGGGAAUAUCAGAGGGGUUCUGGACUCCUCGAUCUUGGACCCGGAGCCGGGGCCCCAAGGGCCUUUCAUCAGUUACAGCUACUACGUGACCUAUGACUUUGUCGAGGAUGAAGAGGGUGAAGGGAACGAGUUCGAAGGGGUGCUGGCCGAGAUCUUCAAGCCCUCUCCCAGCACAGAGGAGGUCACCAAGGAGGUCACCCCCGUCACCGCCCCUGCCCCCCUCACCGCCGCUCCCCCUGACGACUCUGCCCCCGAAGAGGCCGAAGACUCCGCCGAGUCUGGGCCCACGACUGCGUCCCAGUCCCAGUCCCAGUCCCAGUCCCAGGACCUGGAGGAGUCCGGGGUCUCUUUUGGGUCGCUGUCCCUGCCCAGGUCCAUCGGCUCUGCAGAGCUGGCCAAGCUGCGGCCGAGAAUGGACCUCCGGCUCUGCCCAUCCCCCGGGACAGUCCUCUUCAGCACCGUCCGCAAGCCCUGGACCGAUGUCAUCCCCUGCAACUACGAGAUGCAGCACACGCUCAGGGACCUGGUGCCGCUCAAGGCCUUCCUGAUGGCAGGGACCACUGUGACCAUCGUGGAGGAGAAGAUCCUCUCCUGGCCCGCGGUGCCACCUCCCGUCGACACUCCCUUGCCUGCCAAGAAGGGAAAAGGCGAGAAGGCCCAGAAAAAGAAAGAGAAAGACAAGCAGGGGAAAGACAGCGACGACAAGGAGGCCAAAGGAAAGAGAGAGAAGGAACAGAAGGCGCUGAAGAAGAAGAGAGGGCUUUCUAAGGAGCUCCGCCAGGACCCCCCCGAACUGCGGGUGCUGGGCAGCGGCUUAGUGGUCCUGGAGCCCCUGCUGGCCGGGGAGCCACUUGUGUCAACCCUGUGCAAGUUUGGGGUGAUCCGCACCUUGGAAUCCGACAGGCUGACGUUUCUCAGGGAUUCCAAGAAUAAGAAAGGUAAAAAAGCUCCGGAGGCUGGGAGGUCCAAGACCAAGGUGCCGCUGCUGUCAGGGCACGAGAGCGACUACCAGCCGGAGCCGCUGACCGUGGAGGUGCAGAUCCAGCUGAACCAGUGCCGCUCGGCCGAGGAGGCGCUGCGGACCCUCGCGGUGUAG